ACCGCCCUCUGCUCUGCUCUCCUCCGCCGACCAUGCAGCAAGCUGCGCUGCCACUGGCUGCCCUGGACUUGUCCAAUCGUCAUUGGCCUUGCUUCCGCCGGUGUGGGAAGCGGCCAAUCAGGAGGCGGUCUACCUGCGCAGCACAACAACGGGCUGUGUUGGGUCAGAGGGAGGAGGAGCGGGGCCUUUGGGGCAACGGGAGCGGACACGGACAACCGUGGACUGGUGGGUGGACAACCCAGAGGCCAUGGAGACCGGGCCGCCAGAUCCAGAGAUGAUGUUCGACCCAGAUGUGUUGAAAGAACCGGAUGGCUGCGUGAGCUCAGAGGUUGGGAUACCAAUCAGUGGGGACCUUCCUGCAUUGCAUAAACUACAACAGUUUAUGGAAGAGAAAAUUCAGACCACAAUGCUGACGGGAAUGAUGAUUGGAGCACUUGCUGCCAUUCUUAUCGUAGCAAUUAUUGUGUUUUUCAUCUACAGAAGAGUGAAACAGUCAAAACAGCAGCAGCAGGGUGUAACUAGGUACAGAUUCCGAAAGAGGGACAAGGUGAUGUUCUAUGGAAGAAAAAUCAUGAGAAAGGUGAAGCUAUCUACCUCAUCACUGGUUGGGAACAAUGUGCCUCGUCAGAGAUUGAGGAAGAGGCAGAAGGUACUAAACCUGGCUAGAAGGAUACUCCGCCUCAAGAAGGAGCCUCCAAUCUUGCAGCCAAAGGAGCCGCCUUCCUCACUGCUGGAGGCUGAUCUGACUGAGUUUGACGUGAAAAAUUCCCAUUUGCCCUCUGAGGUUCUUUAUAUGCUCAAGAAUGUUAGGGUGUUGGGACACUUUGAGAAACCACUGUUUCUGGAACUGUGUAAACACAUGUUCUUUGUGCAGUUCCACGAUGGGGAGUACAUCUUCCGUCCAGGCGAGAUUGACGACAGCAUCUAUGUGGUACAGGAUGGGAGGCUGGAACUCUGCAUUAAUGAGAAUGAUGGUACUGAAGUUGUGGUGAAAGAAGUUCUGCCAGGUGACAGUGUGCACAGUCUUCUCAGUAUUCUGGAUGUCAUCACUGGUUAUCCUGCUCCAUAUAAAACUGUCUCUGCCCGGGCAGUGUGCACAUCUACUGUUCUGCGCUUGCCAGCCAGUGCAUUUCAGUCAGUAUUUCAGAAGUACCCAGAAACCCUGAUCAGAGUGGUUCAGAUAAUCAUGGUGCGCUUACAGAGAGUGACAUUCCUGGCUUUACACAACUAUCUAGGCCUGACCAAGGAACUUUUCAAUUCGGAGAGCCAGGCCAUCCCCUUAGUGUCACUGUCCAGCAUUGCCCCAUCCAGCCCCUGUAAAAUGGUCAAGCGGCAGCAUAACAUCUCAGGAGUGGAUGAAGAUCAUUUUGAGAAAGUGAGCAGAGGUGGUGAUGUUCCAACGCACAGCUUGGAAACAGAUUCCAAGAAUAUGGCGGGGGAUAGUUUGAGCAAGAGAUGCCGCUCAGCUUCUGCACCUUUGGAUAUUCCAGGAGGAGUGUCCGUUAGUAAAUCUGACAUGGAUAUGGCAUAUGAAAGGGCAAGGAUCAGCCUGUCAGCAGAGGAGCGUUGUUCCAGUCCUGUUAUGUCUGUCAAGCCUUCUCUGAAGAAGAGUGUUACUAUGAUGGAGCAGCCUUCUGUUGUUCACCAUUACAUUGAGAGUGAGGAACGAGCAAGCGUGAUUAACAAUCACAGACAAUAUGACAUGAUUUUAGAGGCCGCCAAGAAAGAUCUUCUGACCUUGAUGAAACUUAAUGAUCCUUUACUGCUGGAUGGUAGAGUGACUCUUCAACAGGUUAAAGCUGGAACGGUUGUGGCAAAGCAAGGUGACCAGGAUGUCAGCAUUCAUUUUGUGCUCUCAGGGCUGCUGCAUGUUUACCAGCGGAUGAUUGACAGGGAAGAAGAGAACUGUCUGUUUGUCACUCAUCCAGGAGAGAUUGUGGGGCAGUUGGCUGUGCUGACUGGUGAGCCACUCAUCUUCAGCAUCAAGGCCCAGAGGGACUGCACCUUCCUUUGUAUCUCCAAAUGCCACUUCUAUGAGAUAAUGAGGGAGAAACCAAACGUGGUGUUGACUGUGGCUCACACUGUGGUGAGGAGAAUGUCUCCAUUUGUGCGACAGAUCGAUUUUGCCUUAGACUGGAUGGCGGUAGAAGCUGGGCGAGCAGUGUACAGGCAGGGGGACAGAUCAGACUGCACUUUUAUUGUAUUGAAUGGUCGACUCCGAUCAGUCAUCAUGAGGGAUGAUAAAAAGAAAGAGCUGGCAGGAGAGUAUGGCCGUGGAGAUCUCAUUGGAGUGGUAGAAGCCCUAACUCGUCAGCCCUCUGCUACCACAGUCCAUGCAGUGAGAGAUUCUGAACUAGCCAAACUUCCUGAGGGAGCUUUGAACUCCAUCAAGCGCAGGUACCCUCAGGUGGUUACACGACUCAUUCACCUACUGGGUCAAAAGAUCCUUGGCAACCUGCAGCAAGUCAGUGGUCCAUUAGCAGGUCGUGGCUUGGGAAUCCACACGGUGAGCAACAAAUUGGAAUCGGUGGGGAAUCCUGCCAGUAACCUCUCCACGGUGGCCAUCUUGCCAGUAUCUGAGGAUGUUCCCAUUACUACCUUCAGUCUGGAGCUCCGACAUGCACUCAGUGCCAUAGGUCCUACCUUGCUGCUGAACAGUGAUGUCGUCAAGCAGCGCCUUGGAUCUACUGCUUUGGACAGUAUCCAUGAGUACCGACUAUCAAGCUGGCUAGCUCAGCAAGAAGAUAUCCAUCGAAUUGUGCUUUACCAGUCCGACAGCAGCAUGACUCCCUGGACCCAGCGCUGUAUCAGGCAAGCUGAUUGCAUCCUUAUUGUCGGGCUGGGAGAGCAGGAGCCAACAGUUGGAGAGCUGGAGCGCAUGUUGGAGAACACAGCUGUGCGAGCCCUCAAACAACUCAUCCUGCUGCACAAGGAAGAUGGGCCGACACCAGCUCGCACUGUCGAGUGGCUCAACAUGAGAAGCUGGUGCUCGGGUCAUCUUCACCUCUGCUGUCCUCGCCGAGUCUUUUCUCGCAAGAGGCUACCUAAACUGCUCGAGAUGUACCAAAGGAUCUCUCAGAAGCUGCCUGAUCGUCACUCAGAUUUCUCCCGCUUGGCUAGGAUCCUUACUGGCAAUUCCAUUGCACUGGUGCUGGGAGGUGGAGGGGCCAGAGGCUGUUCUCAGGUGGGGAUUAUCCGAGCAAUGCACGAAGCAGGUAUCCCCAUCGACAUGGUGGGUGGAACCUCAAUUGGCUCUUUCAUGGGGGCACUUUAUGCAGAAGAAAGGAAUGCAAACCGCAUGAGGAACAGAGCCCAGCAAUGGGCAAAGGAAAUGACAAAUGUUUUCAAGAAAGUGCUAGAUUUGACAUAUCCAAUCACCUCGAUGUUCUCAGGAUCUGCUUUUAACAGCAGCAUCAGCAACACCUUUAAGGACAAGCAGAUAGAGGACUUGUGGAUUCCUUACUUCAACAUCACCACAGAUAUAACUGCGUCUGCCAUGCGGGUUCAUACUGACGGUUCUUUGUGGCGAUACUGUCGAGCCAGCAUGUCAUUGUCGAGUUAUCUACCUCCUCUUUGUGAUCCAAAGGAUGGUCACCUGCUCAUGGAUGGAGGAUAUAUCAACAACCUGCCAGCUGAUGUCGCCCGGUCUCUGGGUGCAAAGGUCGUGAUAGCAAUUGAUGUUGGCAGCCAGGAUGAAACAGAUCUGACUAAUUAUGGGGACUCACUAUCUGGCUGGUGGUUGCUGUGGAAACGCUUUAAUCCUUGGGCAGCAAAAGUGAAGGUUUUAGGCAUGGCAGAGAUCCAAACUCGCCUUGCUUACGUUUGCUGUGUGCGGCAGCUGGAGGUGGUGAAGAACAGCGAUUAUUGCGAGUACAUUCGCCCACCCAUUGAUCGCUAUGGAACGCUGGAGUUUGGCAAAUUUAAUGAAAUUGCAGAAGUGGGCUACCAGCAUGGGAAGACACUAUUUGAGCUGUGGAGUAGGAGUGGAGUCAUCGACAAUAUUCUGAAAGACAGGCCAAUAGACAACGUCGCCAAGACACGGCCCUCUGAUGUUACAUGUCCAAAUGCCUCCUUCACUGACUUGGCUGAAAUUGUGUCCAGAAUCGAACCUGCAAAAAUGUUGGUUGUGGAUGAUGAGUCCGACUACCAGACUGACUAUGAGGAAGAUGCUCUCGACACUGAGAGGGAUGACUACGAUGGUGUCGCCAGUGAGCAGAAUGAAGAUGAAAUCUCUAACAGUGAUGAAGAGUGUGAAUUCAGGGAAAGCAAUUCUACUUCUGAAGCUCAGAGCACUGCGGCCUAAUGGAAUGGAGUACCAGCCUUCGCAGGCUGUAUCCUGGCAUGGCUAAGGGUUGACUUGUUUUGAAUCCUAUUGUUUCUUGCCACAUUUUUCUUUACACUAAUCAAAUAGCCUCCUCCAUUUCAUACUGCAACUUCUUUGGGAGGACAAGAGUAUUUGUAGUAAGGUUGUCAUGGCAACAUUGCUUGCCACAUCCUUACUAUUAGCAAUUGAUGAGUGUGUGAAAUUGAGGCCUUAGAUCCUGGUUCGUAAACCAAAUUGUACAGAAAUAGUUUUUCAGACUGUGAACUUAAAUCAGAUGAUGUUUAGCAUGUCAAUGUAUAUUGAGUUAUUUCAAGACUUUAUAAAAACACCCCAUUUUUUCCCCAUUAAUGGAUCUGCUAGAAGGUUUUGGAAGAGAGUCACACAGACUCAUUUAGCACUUUAAAUCCACACAUGAUUCUCCUUUGAAUGUCAUGAUAUAGCAUUUAAUCUUGUUUCUGCCAAAGUGAAUGUGUGUUUUUAAACACGAUGUUCAGCAGUUUGUAUUUGCCUUACAAUGCACUCCUGCAGCUGCAGGGACAAUGGAGGAGGGACUGGAGACUUGUUGCCAGGUCUCUGCCAAAAUACUGCUCUUCAGGUCACCAGUAGAAGGCAGAAGACAGCAGCCCUUGCACACUUCCCCCUCUGAUCUUUCCUUCCUUGUAUGGAGUGGUUCACCCAUCUUCUGCUUGGGCUGUGGGAGGAUGGUAAACAAAAAUGCCAUGCAUAUCUUUCAUUUCCUGCAGGAUUUCUGAAAACACAUCUUUGGCAAGCUAGUCAUUUUUUGUUUGUUCGUUGGUCUGUUUUCAUUUCAGAAUGAUUGAGCUACACCCUCCCCCAUUGCCCUUGGAACCCAGACCACCCACUUCAAACUUGUCUGGAUUUUCACACUAUAAGUGCCUGUCCCUGGUAUUGUGCUGAGAAUCAGGCCUAUUCACCAUCCUUUCCGUUUACUGUCAAUAAUUUGUUUGCUUUCAGUGAGAUAGCUAAAGAUCAGAAUGGAUCUUUGUAAUGGGUACAGUUCAUAUUCUUGCAUUUCAAACCAUCACUGCUCUCCAGUCCCCAGUUUGUGUAUUGCAGCUUCUUGUCGUAGCAUUGUGAUUGAUUCAUUGUCACCAUGGAAACUGAUACAUUGCUAAAUUCCCCAACCAUUAGGUACCAAACACUGCUUGUGUCUCUAUCAUACUGUUGUACACUGGCAUGUUUGUCCACAUUCGCACUGGCUGACAGUGUCACUUCAGGAUACUUUGUUCUUGUGGUCGAGGGAGAAAGUGCGAUUUUCUGUGAAUCUCUUGGCUGAUGCCUCUCACCUUCCCUGCCCAAUGCCACUCAAUCCAUGUGGCUCAGUUUGAGAAGUGAGCAGACAUAGACCUGAGGCUCACUCCAACCUCUACCAUGAGGCCACAAAUUUAAGCACUGGUAAAAUGAGUCAACUUGCCCCAUCAUUACUUGGUGGAAUCUAUAACAGCCCAAAUCCUGCAAUGUUCAGAGGCCAUUCCUGCACUCCUGACCCCUCUUCUCUCUCCCCCCACCCCCACCGCCAAAUCCUCAGAUUAAAUAAAUGAGAAUGGUGCUGAGAAAUAAUUCCUUUCAACUUUCUCUCCCCCUGCAAAUUAAAGGAAGCAAACAGGCUGAAUGCAGUUUGAGUUUGACACAUUGCCUUCAUGCCCUGUGGUGUGAUGCAGUAUCAGUAUUUCCAUUCUCAGCAGAUUCCCUUGGAGGAGAGUGGUCUAGCAUUGUGUGGAGGUAUGGGUUGUUCUGAAAAGAUAGAGACAGCAGGAUGAUGACUCUUUCCAGAGUGUAAUACUUGCACUGCUGAUAAAUAUUGGGUGCAUUUCCCUGGCAUUUGAAUUGUGCCAAUCACCACAGGGUUCAUGUCCCUUUUCAGGCAGCUUGGCGUGACCCCCCCCCCCACCCCGUGUUUGCUUUGUGAUUUUUAAAGCAGACCUGAGUUCCAGUUGAUUGACUGAAUAACCUGGGCAAAAUAUACCAAGGAGACGAGAGAACAAUGUGGUUAAAAGGCAGCACCAACUGUGCCCUUAAGGCAUUGUAUCCUUUGGGUCCAUCUCCUUAUCUGUCAGUGUCCCAAAAUAGGAUCAUUCAGCGAGUGAUUAUUGCAAAAUAGUCCAUCAUUCUGCAGGAUGUCAGUAUAUAAAAAAUUGGGAACGUAGUCAGUAUAUAUAUAUUUUAUAUAUACACACACGGUAUGGACUAGUCCCCCUUAAUCUCUGGUAUCUUAAUCCACUGAUAUGCACACACAUCCAUCCAAAAGUGCAUGGCCCCCCUCCCUCUCUUGCCUGACAGAUAUUUGCUGCAGUUUACAUUGUGUCUUCUGUACCUGCAAUUCCCCCUCACCCCAGCCCCACACAUUCAUUUUAAUGGACAGAAAAGCCAUGAGCUAACAGUUGCAGAUGUAGAAAAAUCAGGUCGCUGUCUCAUUCCGAACAACCUAGACAGAUAACCUGCUUCCAAACCUGGCCAAUGCUGCUUGUACUGGGGGCCAUACUAGUAGCACACAACUCCUGUUCCUUUUGUCGUCCUCCUUUUUUAACCCCCUGUUAAUGAUACAGUGAAGAGAAGGAUCAGAGUGUGGGGUGGGGGGAGCUCCCUUCGCUACACCACCAGCCGGUAGAUAGCAAACCCUAAUGCAACAGGCAUCUCAUUGCAGCAUUCCCAGGAGCCCACUCUAGCUCUUUAAAAGUUGGCGAACUAUCUGUGCCUGUGCUACCUGUAGGACGGACCAGCUUGAUGUAUGAAGAAUAUGUUUACUUUUAAGCAGCUGAGAUUUAUUGUGUGAUGGGAAUGAGUGCAGGAAUCCCAGAGAGGAAACUGUUCAUCCUCUGUCACAGGAGCCUGAAUAUGAUAAAGUCUUAGGGAGUCUUAACAAUAAUUCCACUUGAGGUAUUUUUUUUGGUUGCUUUCUUUAAAACGUUGAAGAUAAAACCGUUAAAAGGAACACGUGAACCUUUAAUAGCAUCUCCUGCCAGUUCCAUCAAAGGAGAAUGAAAGGGGCAAGUCAUGCUCCAUAAAUCAUGCCUCUCCAUCAUGUAAUCAGAGUCCUGAAGCAAGUUAAAAGCUUAAUAUGAGUGCACAACACACAAAAAAUACUAAUAGCCAAAAAGACUGUUGACAUAUGAAGCACGGUCGCAGAGAAUUUGUGUCUGUUCCUGUAGCCAUCCUGGCUGUGAGCUGGGUGAAGGAACUUUUUUAUUUGUUGCAAUAAUCAAUGCAAUAUUUAAUAUUAUGGAACUUUGGGUUAUUCAGAGUUGAGAGGCUGGUGAUCAUUAACUGGUGCCUAGUGCCUUGACAAUGAAAGAAUUAUUCCCCCAACCCUGCUCCUAUAUGAAGCUGCCCACAACUCCUACCAGAGCACAGUCCACCAGAGAUGGUAAAACAAAAAAGCAUUUAAACCACUUAGAGCACUGUCUUAAUUAAUAACUCUGAACUGUUUUGCUUUACCUUCAGUUAAGUAAAUUUGUUAUGGGAGAGUUUCAAUAUCAAAUUAAGUUGGGUGUGGGGAGUAUAUUAACAAUGGGCCAGAGCCCCCUGUCAUUUAAAACUGAAGACUCUGCAUGAAGGGUAGGUUGCAGGUGGAGCUGCCCUGACCUUUACACCCAUACCAAUAUUGUUAUCUGUCCACAUCUUGUCUGAUACAUAACGUUGUUUGUAGGCUGGCAGUUUAGCAGCGGAGUGUCUUUACUGAGCUGCUCGGGAGCUAUGUGUUUUAACUCCCAUCAACGAAGCUCUUGAGGGCACCGGUGAUUACACAAGUUCGGUCCUGUGCUCUUGCAGAGGAAAGGCAUGUCUGGUUCUCUCGAUGUAUUAACACUUUGCUGGUACAGGGCUGCCAGCCGUGUUUUGAAUGUCCAAGCCCUUUGCUAGAAAGCACACAGAGCAGUGCUUUAGGGAAGCUGCCAAGGUGAACAGGGACCCUCUGUUCCAUUUAUUGGGAGAUGGGAGAAGGUGGAGAAUUGGGAAUAAAAAUUCCAGUUAAUGCCCAGCCUGUCUCAGCUCUUUUAAUGUAAUUAACAAUGUACCUAAUUGUAUAAACCCGGUGUCCCCCAGACUCAAUGAGUUGAAAUGGGAGGACAAUCUUACUUCUAAUCACUGCCUGAGUUUGAAUGGAAAUAGAUGAAUGUUAUGUAUUUAACUCUGUAACUAUGGGCUAUUAAUUUGUUAAGCUCAGAGAAUGUUUAUUGUCUUAAGAUCAAGCAUUUCUUGUAUUUUCUUUAAUGUUUAGUUGACGAGCCCUGCAUUAUUAAUGGGUGUCAGUCUGUUAGUGUGUUGAAGCCUUGAUGUGCCUGUUGUUCAGAUUCAUUCUCAACAUUUUCCAGUGGGUCAACGAAGGAGAAGCACCAAUAGUAUCCAUGACUACGAAGACCAGAAUCUCCCUUGAAGGCCACCAGCCCUGUUGGUUGGGAGCCUAGCAUUUGUUCAGUAGAUUGAUCGAUCUACUGAAGACAGGACACUAUCUAAAUACACAAUGUGAUAUGAUAAUGGACGGUAUGGAUUAGGAAGGUUUAAGUCCAAUCCCUGGCUGUGUAUUAUUAGGUUGGAACAUACUGUGGGGUGGGUGGGAGGAGCUAUCAUUGGUCACGGUGUCCCCUGACCAGAGAAGGAGAAAUGGGAAAAGUUCCUGGAAGCAUAUAUUGUAUAUUGGGAAGCGUGGGGGUGUGUCGGGGGGCGCUGGAGAAGAGACAAAAUUAGAGUCGGUUGUAAUGCCAUCAAAGCUGAUCAUCAUCCACUGUCAAAGCUCACACACAAAGAAUUGCCACUUGAGCAAGGUACUAGAAGGCUGGCAGAGCUUUCAGGAACUGUACCUUGAAUAGUAAGUGCCUUCAAUAGUAACACUCUCAUCUCUGAGGCAUGUGGUCAGGAAUUCAAGUCCCACUCUCAUCUGACAACUCAAUGCAAGAAGGAGGGAAUGCAGCAUUGUUGAAGCUGCUGUCUUUCAGCUGUGUUCCAGCUGCCUGUUUGGUUGGUCUUGAAAGACCUCAGGCAUUUUAGAAAGGACCAGCGGCGUUCUCCUGGGGAUGAUGGUCAACAUUCCUCCCCCUACUAACAUCACAAAAACCGGUUAUUUAUUUUACUGGGUUCUUGCUGUGAGAGCUUUGGCUACCAUGCUUGCCUAUCAAAUAGCAGUGACUGCCCUUCCAAUAUCAGAUUUCAGGGAUGGGGGGCAGAGGGAGAAGAGAGAACGGACAAAAAACAUUAGACAUAAAAGAAUUAUGAGGUGCCUGACCACCAGCAGCUGGGAGACUAUGCACAGGUUGUUAAAACAGCUUUUAAAAAGGGAACAGAAAUACAUUUAGGGGCUUGUGUAGGACAGAAACAUUAGCACAAGCCUCAGUCAUUAGCGCAAUGAAUGGACAACUUUUACAUAGAGAGAGUUUACGUGAUGGCUAUUUCUUGUAUGAAACUUGUAUGUAAUUAACGUGAAGUAUUUUCAGUGUCCUCUUUCUAUUGUGCCCAUGUGCCUUAUGUAUCCAUUAAAGAUGACCUCUUCAUUGU